AUGCUGGAAAUCCGAGAGCUGCGACCGCUUUUAGCGAUUCUUAAUGAAGAUGACAAGCCGCUGGAACAAGUAGCCAGUAUGUUUCUACAUACAUUUACGAAAAAUGAUCACUUUAAAGUGGGCUGUACUAUCUGUAUCUUGUUGGAGGAUAAUUUACUCACAAGUUCACAGCGCAUUGUAAGCUUUGCAAUCUUGAGUGAAGUGUACCGGAUUGAAGGCACUACGACGAAUCCGUUUCUCCCGGUCUUUUUGGACGCAUUGGAGAAGGGCAGCGACCUGUGCGAGAAGAAAUUGAUUGUUCAUUUGCUGUCGGCUCUAGGCGCAAAUCGCGAUUCGAGCAAGAAAUCGGUCAAGCAGUUGAUGGCAGAUUUUCGAAAAAAUCCGGCACCAGCUCUUCAAUUUGAUAUCGAGGCCAUGCGAAAAAGCUAUUUGGAACGCACACCACCAGUGCCACAGUUUCGUGCAGCAGGUAUCCGAAACGUCGUGACAGACACGGAGUUUGAUCUGCAGGAGCAUGUGAACAAUGGCGCCAAUUUACAGGUACCUCCUAAUGAAGUGAGUUCAUUGAAUUUGCCGUGCUUUGAAGCGCUGUCGCUGGAGGAAAUGUGCUUGCUCGGUGAUGCGGACGCAGUGAGUAGUACUAAUACUGCAUCACCGAACUCUGCUACUAGUGCAUCGUCUUCAGGGUCAUUGUCAUUGCUAAGCUUUGAACCGACAUUUUUACGUCUACCUCCACCAAUUCUAGAACCAGAUAUGACCGAGUUAAUUUGGUUAAAUCCGGACUACUGCCCGACAGUGCUGUGGGACUCAACGAUGCUGGACUCAACGCACGGAAUUGCUUUGCGUGAGCUUAUGCUUCGUGCAUUUCAGAAACCAUUAGUACCUUCGUUGCAGCAAAAAGUGCUCGCAGAUCUUGAAGCGGAUCCAAAGCUCGUCUAUCAUUGCUCGCUAACGCCACAGCGAUUGCCAGAUCUAGUGGAAAACAACCCGAUGUUGGCCAUCGACUGCCUCCUGAAACUCAUGUCGUCCAACCAGAUCACAGAAUAUCUGUCAGCGCUAGUGAACAUGGAUAUGUCGCUACACUCGAUGGAGGUCGUGAACCGCCUGACGACGGCAGUGGAUUUGCCGACAGAGUUCAUCCACCUGUACAUUUCCAACUGCAUAUCGUCAUGCGAGAAUAUCAAGGACAAGUAUAUGCAGAACCGGCUUGUACGCCUUGUGUGUGUUUUCCUGCAGUCGUUGAUUCGCAACAAGAUCAUUAACGUGCAGGACUUGAUCAUUGAAGUGCAAGCUUUUUGUAUCGAGUUUAGUCGUAUUCGCGAGGCAGCUGGGCUGUUUCGCUUACUAAAGACGCUGGAGUAA